AUCGGGGCCCAGAUCAGUGCAUACCCCGAUGUCCGAGUUGUGACUAUCGUGGCGCCCGAUUCGCUUGCCAGUUUAGUUAGCAACAUGAACGCCCAGAGGUGUGCUAAUGGUGCGUCCACAAAUGCUCACGAUGUCAAGUAUCGACUGUCAUAUUCAGUUUCUGAUGAUUCAACUUCUAUAAUCGACCUCUACCUGUGCCCUGAUGCUGGCCAUACUUGGAUGGUUUGGGUGGCCCACUAA